CUUGGGCUGGGGAAAGUUUUGGGCGAAAAUCGAAUCUGUUGUCUAUGUAUGGACUAGUAGCCUAGCCUACUGAAUGGCUUUCAGCAAAAGAGAAAACUGGGACAAAUCUCUCCAGCAAUGACGAAUGCGUGGCAUUCUCCCAUAGUAAUGAGCAGAAAUACCGACGGGAUUUGAUCCGGCAUUCACUGUCUCGUUUCAUGGAAUUUAUAACCGGGCAGAAACGGCCAGGGAAGAGAAUCAGAAUUUACCGGUGACAUUUUUCUAGAAAAAAAGGGGGAAAAAACAGGUAAAGUGAAUGAACAGUGAAUAAACAUAAGACAACCUCUCGGACUGCGUUGUUAGUGUCUCGUGCGCAUGUAGUCAGAACAGAAAAGUUACCCAAUCUUAUAACUCUUCAACGUUUGAAACUUUUGAAACUUUUUAUACGACAUUGGUCGGACAACGGGCAUACGGACUAUGGCGAAGAAAUACGACUUCCUCUUUAAAUUAUUGCUUAUUGGAGAUAGUGGAGUUGGCAAAACAUGUCUGAUAAUUCGAUUUGCAGAGGAUAAUUUCAACUCAACUUACAUAUCCACAAUCGGCAUCGACUUCAAAGUCAAGACCAUAGAGGUGGAUGGGAAAAAGGUUAAACUCCAAGUCUGGGAUACAGCAGGCCAAGAAAGGUUCAAGACCAUCACUACUGCUUAUUACAGAGGAGCGAUGGGGAUAAUCCUGGUGUAUGACAUCACAGAUGAGAAAUCCUUUGAGAACAUUCAGAACUGGAUGAAGAGCAUCAAAGAGAAUGCCUCUGCCGGAGUCAGCCGGAUGUUACUGGGCAACAAGUGUGACAUCGAGGCCAAAAGGAAGGUCUCCAAAGAAGCCGGAGAAAAGCUUGCAAAAGACCAUGGCAUCCGAUUCUUCGAGACCAGUGCCAAGUCCAGCAUCAACGUGGAGGAGUCCUUUGAGUCUUUGGCUCGAGAUAUUCUGCAGAAAUCCACCAAGAAGCCGAGUCCAGCAGGUCGUGAGGUCAAGCUGACCACUACAGAGAAAAAGUCUUCUAAGUGUCUCCUGCUUUAAAUGUUUCGCAAAAAAAAAGAAAGAAAAAAAAAGAGAGGGAAAAAAUAUACAUACCUGCACAAAAUUCUGUUGUGCAGGAACUCCCCAGUUCUAUCAAACCUAAAAAUACCCCCUAUGCAAACACACACACACACACACACACACACACUCAUUUCUGCAGGACCAACAUGACACACACUCCUUUCACAUUCCACAUGUUUUCUGCUUAGCUCAGGGCUAAGUGAGAUUUUGCAGAUGCACUUUGUGAGGUGGCUUAACUCCAGCCUAAGACCUGGGUUUGCCUGGCCCUGUUCCAUAAUAGGGUUUGCACCCAACUUUUAGGGCAAAGCUUCAAACCUCCAUUCGGCUGCAAGAGAUUUUUUCAUUAUUAGCCUCUGCACAAAUAGAGGUCAAACUGACAAGUACUGUAAAACAG